AAAUUAAAUAACUAAUAUAAAGAUAUCAGAAAUUUUGGUACAAUUUGCCUGCAAAUUAAUACAACUUCUCUGAAUCUACGAUGCGGGAAUUGUUUGGGUAUUUUCGUAUUUUUAGACUGAGCAUGUGACUUGAUUGGCAAUCUCCAUUAUGUCAAUUACGUCAACUGUCAAUCAAUUAGCGAUGUCGGUUUACUUUCAUCAAAUAAAUAAAGCGUUUGAAAGAUGACCGUAUAAUAGUCGAAUAGUUUUAGUGAAUUAUGGAGGAAGCUAAUGACAUUAGGAACGUUUCUAUUAAGGCACUGAGACCAAAAACCAAAGGUUUGAUUAGCGACCUGUUGAAUCCGCAGAUGUUUAUAUCUGCACCAAAUGGAGUAAUGCGGAAUUGGCAAGGUUUGGCUGGGCUGUGCAAAAUACAUGCAAAUUAUGAAGCUAGUAUUGUAAAUAACCCAGACCCUACAAGUAAAGUGCUCAAUUUAUGGCAAACGCAAGACCCUGAUAGUAGCACUAUAAAACAAUUCAUACUGUUUUUAGAAGAAAUGGAUAGAUUUGAUGUUGUGACAGAUAUUGACGAGCUAAUUGAUGAAGACAUUAGAAUGUACAAAGCUCAUCCGCAGGGACCAGAAAUCAAACCAGUUUCUUUGGAAGCUGAUAAAUAUAUUAUCACAACGGAUGAUGUUGAAAGACUUAGUGAAGGACGUUCCUUAGUGAAUUAUGAUGCCUUUCUGUUGUACGACCAGGAUGACAUCGAUUUCGCUAUCCAAGUUUUGGAAACCAUGGAAAAAGAUUAUAAUAUGAGAUUUAUUUGUAAAGAUCGUGAUUUAGUAGGAGGGGGACUGGAAAUGGACAAAAUGAUCACUCUGAUUACAGAGCGUUGUAACAGAGUGGUUGUUAUUUUAUCAGAUAAUUUUUUUAAAAGUUCUGUGAACGAUUAUUUGGUCAGAUUUGCACAAGCCUUUGGGAUAGAUAAAGAAAGAAAAAUUGUGCCUAUUGUUUAUAAAGACCUAACAGUUCAACCUGCUCACAUUAAAUACAUGUUUACUUUAAACUACAAACGCAUGGCGCAUUUUAAUUUUUGGGAUCGUUUGCGAGAUAGCAUAAGAGUUGGAGAUCUUGAAAAAAUGAAAGUCAUGAGAUCUAAAUCUGAUAAUGGACAGGCAAUUAGAUCAGUUGUUCAAGAAAAUAAGGAGUGCAGAUUAAAACCGAUACAUCAGGCUGUCAAAUUUAGCAACAGUGUGGGUAACUUAAAUAAUCUAGAUGCCAUAAAUGAACCACCUCUAAACCCAAGCACAAGUGCUGAUAAUUUAGAAAAGAUUUCAGAUACUAAGAAAGAGAAAAAACCUGGUUGGUUUAAAACGUUUAAAGAACAUUUAAAAAAGGAGAAAAACGAGUGUAUGAAACAGGAAACUAAGAAAAGCAAGCAUUUCUUCAAAAAACACAUAAAGAGAGCCGCCGCUGUUGCCAAUUAAAUGCAGUUGGUCUGGUAACGUCAGGGAUAAAACUGUGUUCUAUGAGUGAUCUAUUUAUCUUUCAGUGCUAUGUUGAUCUACACAAUUAAUUUGUAUUGUGAAUAAAUUUCUGUAAAUGUGGCCUUAUUUAAUAAGUGCAAUUAUUUUUAAUAAACAUAAAUAAUAAA